UGCUCGGACACAAUUUCCAGUCCCGGCUGUCUCUGUGCUCCGUGUGUUCGGUGCCCGUGCAGGCGGAGCGGGGCUGGCGGGAGCCGCGCUCCCCUCAGAGCCCCUGAGGGCGGCAGCGAUGGCGGCGCCGCUCCCUCAGCACCGCCCCGGGGCGGAGCCGCCGCCCUUUGGCGCCAAGACGGGAACGCGGCUCCUCCGGGUCCCGCUCGGCCAUGGCGGCCCCCGCCGAGCCCGGGCACUCGCCCGGUUUCAAGAAGCCGCCGGCGCUGCUGCGGCUGAAGCGCAAACGCCCUGGGCCGAGGAGCGACCCCGCCGAAGUCGCCGAAGCCGCCGCUGCUCCGGCCCCUCGGGGCCCCUCAGGGGCCGCUCGCCGCCGCAACCCCUUCUCCAGCCUGGACAACGCUCCGCGGCGGRCGGCGGCCGCUCCUCAGCCUCCGGCAGCGGCCUCGGCGUGCGGAGAUCCAUCGGCAGCGCCCUUUUGGCAGUUUUUAGAGCCGGCCUGUGAAGAGAAGCCCCCCAGGAGUGCAGAGCCUGCUGAAAGUUCCGACAUCCUCGCCCUGAGCAAGGACCUUCAUUCACCUCUUGCUGUACCCCAAGUUCCCUCCUCACCAAGAGGGGAAUUCCCUGCAGACUGGAGUAUUAAAACACGGAUUGUCUUCAUGUCCUCACAGCCCUUCACCUGGGCAGAACACCUGAAAGCUCAGGAGGAAGCACAAGGCUUUGUGCAGCACUGCAGAGCUAYAGAAACCACCUUGCCCCAGAGUGUGCAGGAGCCCCGGCUGUGCACGGAGCUGCGCUGUGCCUUCCAGCAGAGCCUCGUGUACUGGCUGCACCCGUCGCUGCCCUGGCUGCCGCUGUUCCCCCGCAUGGGUGCAGACCGCAGGAUGGCGGGCAAGGCCUGUCCUUGGGCACAGGACGAGGCCUUGCAGCAARUGCUCAUGAGUGACUGGUCUGUGAGCUUCACCUCUCUGUACAACCUGCUCAGGGCCAGGCUGUGUCCCUAUUUCUACGUGUGCUCGGCRCAGUUCUCGGUGCUGUUCCGUGCCGCGGGGCUGGCGGGCAGCGAUGUCCCCACAGCCGCCAUCGCCCCCACCACCCGCGGCCUGCGGGAGGCCAUGAGGAGUGAGGGCAUAGAGUUCUCCCUACCUUUGCUGGAGGAAAGUAGAACCAGGAAACAGAAAAACUCUGAGGAGAGUUUGGAAACAGAAACUGCUGAUGGCAUCACAGGAGGAAGCAGUGUGGAGGAUGCAGGUGAACCAGCUCCCAGUGAUGAUGAUGAUGAUGGAAGUUUCUCUUGGCUUGAGGAGAUGGGAGUYCAAGACAAGGUGAAGAAACCAGACACUAUUUCUAUCCAACUCCGCAAGGAGAAGCAYGAGGUGCAGGUGGAUCACAGAGCCGAGUCGCUGGUGCUGGUGAGGGGCAGCCACACCUUCACGCUGCUGAAUUUCCUCAUCAGCUGCCGCAGCCUGGUGGCCGCGGCGGGGCCACAGGCAGGGCUGCCCCCGACGCUGCUGGCCCCGGUGGCCUUCCGGGGCGGGACCAUGCAGACGCUCAAGGCUCGGAGUGUCAGCGGUCGCACCCGRGCGCAGGGGGGCUUUGAGGACGUGUUCAGCCUGGAGGUGCAGGGGCCCAUCCUGCCGCACGCCCUGCACGCCCUGACUCUGCUGCUGGGCCCGGCGCAGCACGGCACCUUCCGUGCCCUGCUUAGUCCCCAUGAGCCCAGCGCUGCCUUCAACGCCCGCCCGGCCCCGCCACAGCCCCAGGAACCUGUGCACCAGGACCUCCCUGCCUGCGGGCUGCAUUCCAAGACUUUGGAUCAGCUGAGACAGUGUCCAACUCUGGGCAAAUCGUCCAUCCGAGUCCUGGAAAUGAAGGAUUAUGCCUACACCUGGAAGGUCUAGGAAUGCUGGUCCAUGGAGCAGGAUGCGCUUUCCCAGGGGUGCAGGUGCGGAGCUUGGGCCAGCAGGGCAGGGCGGGAGGGACACGAGGGAGUCCCACAUCCCAGACAGCUGCUGCACAUGAACACUUCGUAGGGCUCUGAAAGGAAAGGAGGGGAAAGGCCUUGGAUAUCUCCUUUUUUUACUGUAGAAACUGUUUUUUAAAUAAAACUUGGUUUUAUUGGU